GCACUGCAAUCGCAAUACAAUUUCGUUAGAUCUGUCAGUAUUGCGUUGUGUCUUCCUAUCAGAAAUUGAAUUUAGUAAAUAAAAUACCUAAACAAAUUUAUAUUUUUUAGAGUACGUUGUAAUUUAAGAGCAAGAUGAAUGCUCCUCCGACCUUUGAAUCAUUUCUCCUGUACGAAGGAGAGAAAAAAAUAAUUAAGGAGCAAGAUACUAAAGUUCCCAAUGCUGCAAUUUUCACAGUUAACAAGGAAGACCAUACGCUUGGAAACAUGAUCCGCAAUCAAUUAUUAAAGGAUCCUCAGGUUCUGUUUGCUGGAUACAAAGUUCCACAUCCGCUAGAACACAAAUUUGUGAUCAGAAUACAAACAACAUCAGAUUAUACACCACACGAGGCUUUUAUGCAUGCAAUUACAGAUUUAAUCGCUGAACUUUCGUUGUUCGAAGAGCGUUUUAAAGAAGCUAUCAAGGAGAAGAAAGAGGGUCUGGAUUAAAUGAUAGCUUUUCUACUUAUAGAUACUAGACUAUGCUAUAAAUAAUUGAUCUAUAUAUACCUACAUAUAAUUUAUAUAUAAGACAACUGAUUUAGAAUGAAUUUUGUAUAUAUGAACAACUAAAUAAAAGAAAGUCAAACACAAA